AUGGCGCUCUCGAGCAAUGAGAAGCGUGCACUGUGGAGGCGGCAAUGUCGGGAAGCACUGGCAACUCAUAUCUAUGAGCGACUAGGCCUUACUGUCGCCCCAGGUCGGGUCCGGUUACAGCCCUCCAUGGCAGACGGCUAUGCAUGGUCGGUGUCAAAGUCCCAAGAACACCUGUUGAAAUCGAACUUAAGUGAUGGGACGGUCGGCUCGUAUAAGAAGAUAUGUGAUGCGCUCGGGCGCUCGAUAGAAGCUGUGAGUCCGCAGACGCUACGGGAACAUGAUGCAUGCUCUGAUAAAAGGAUCAGCGACGAGUACCUAAAUUCGAAAGAGCCUCCUAAGCUAUUCCAAACAGCUUCUGGGAGUGGUUCUUUCACGGCCACUAUUCAACGAUUGGAAGACGAAAACCAGGAGCUCGUUGUCGAACUUGAACGCGCCCAAGCCUAUUCGGAGAAGUUACUUGAGGAAAGCGGAGAGUGGGAGGCAAAGUGUCGCGGGAUUUCUAAGGAGCUCGACGACAGCAAAUCCGUGGUGAAACAGCUAGAGAACGAUCUGAGUCACGCAUGCAUGGGGAUUGCGGAAGCUAUGAAAACACUAAAGGGCCUCCAGCUUCCAGAAAAGAGCACUCAUGUGCACGAGACGACGUUCUCAACCAUGGUAGCGAAUUGGACAGGCCGGUCGCUAAUCAUGCAUGCAACCAGCCUGGGCUAUUUGAUCGCCAGGGGCAGACCCAGAGUGUGGCCGGCCACGCUCAAAUUCUCAAGCAUUUCCACGGUUCGCCCGUAUAGUGGCUCCAUAACAUCCACUCUUUUGGAGCACACGAAUAGCAGUGAAAUUGGUCGGAGGAAAGCGAAUUCCGCGGUCGGGCAGGAGAAAGAGGCACACGCAGACGCCAUAGCAGAUUAUUGGGAAUCAUCUCUCCUAGCUUGUUGA